GAAGCCCGCCCGGCCAGACCCCGCCGCUUUUGUCCACGCCGCCUCCGGGCCCGAGGAGCCGGGCUGGUGCAGGACCGGGCGGGCGGGCGGUGUUGGGGGGACGCCGCUGCCGCCGCCGCCUCCGUCUCCGCUGCUGUUUCAUGCCCCCGACCCUCGCGACCCUGGCUCGCAGCUUCCCGCCCGCCGGAUGCGAUUUCUUACCGAGAAGUGUCUCCAGGCCCUCCGGAGCUGUUGCCGCUGUUGAGUCUGUGGGAGUAUGAAUCAGCAGCACAGGAUGGCUGCAGUCGGGACAGACAAAGAACUCAGUGACUUGCUAGACUUCAGCAUGAUGUUCCCGCUGCCAGUAGCCAACGGAAAAUCCAGGCCCACCACGUUGACCAGCACUCAGUUUGGAGGCUCAGGUUUGGAGGAGAGAACAGGCUCUGGGUCAUGGGGAACAUCAGGAGAUCAAAUCAAUUCCUCAUUCGACCAAGGAAGGGCUUACAGUGAAGGUUCUCACUACACAGAGCCCUCUCACAAUAGCAUAUCUUCAACAUCAUUCCUGGGAUCUGGACUUGUAGGGAAGAACAGUGAGAGAGCUUCAUAUUCAGCCUUUGGGAGAGACCCUGGGAUGCCUGGACUCAGCCAGGCCGGCUUCCUGCCCAGUGAGCUGGGAAUCAACAGCCCGAGCACGCUGUCCCCCACAGGGGUCAAGGGAGGCUCACAGUAUUACUCGUAUCCCAACAACCCUCGACGGAGGGCGGCCGACAGCAACCUUGAUGGGCAACCUAAGAAGGUGCGGAAGGUGCCUCCAGGACUCCCCUCCUCGGUGUAUCCCUCCAACUCAGGUGAUGACUAUAGCCGAGACCCCGCGGGAUACCCUUCCUCCAAACCUGCCAGUACUGUGUACCCUGCAGCCUUCUACAUGCCAGAUGGACUACACAACUCCGCGGACCUGUGGAGCCCCUCGGGCACCAUGAACCAGUCCAACUACGCCCCCCCCAUGCUGGGCAGCUCCUCCUCCCCUCUCCCUCAGAGUGGCGGCUUCAGUAACCUACACCAGCAUGAGCGGAUGAACUACCAGAUGCAUUCGGGGGAAGUGAAUGGUGGGAUCCCGUCAGUGUCCGGAUUCUCCUCCGCCACCACUCCCUAUGGUGUCUCCAGCCACACGCCGCCAAUCAGCGGGACAGAGAGCAUCAUGGGUAACAGAGGGACUACAGCUGGUAGCUCUGGAGACGCACUUGGGAAGGCGCUGGCUUCGAUCUAUUCCCCAGACCACUCAAGCAAUAACUUUCCUUCCAACCCCUCGACCCCGGUGGGUUCCCCUCAGGGACUUGCAGGCACUUCCCAGUGGCCCCGAACAGGAGCACCCGGUGCCUUAUCUCCCAGCUACGAAGGAACUCUGCACAAUUUGCAAAACAAGAUGGAGGAUCACUUAGAUGAAGCCAUCCACGUGCUGAGGAGCCACGCUGUGGGGCAGACGGGGGACAUGCACGGCAUCCUGGGGGGCGCGCCGGGGCACAGCGGCGCCGUGGGCACCCUGGGCCAGGCCUUCUCCACCUCCGUCAUGCCCCUGGUGGGGCGGCACUCCAGCCUGGUUGGGGGCAGCCACACGGAGGACGGCCUCCCCAGCAACUCCAGCCUCCUCCACAACCACGUCUCGCUCCCCUCCCAGCCCGGCUCGCUCCCCGACCUCACUCGGCAGCAGGACGCCUAUAGCGGCUUGACGUCGGGGCUGGGGAGAGCCGGCGCUUCUUCAGGAACCAGUGAAAUCAAGAGGGAGGAGAAGGAAGACGAGGAGAACACGUCCGUGGCGGACAACUCGGAGGAGGAGAAGAAGGAGAUGAAGCCGUCUCGGACUAGAACAAGUCAAGAUGAGGAUGAGGAGGACGAACUUCUCCCCCCAGAGCAGAAAGCGGAGAGAGAGAAGGAGAGGCGGGUGGCCAAUAACGCCCGCGAGCGCCUCCGUGUCCGCGACAUCAACGAGGCCUUUAAAGAGCUCGGCCGCAUGUGCCAACUCCACCUUAACAGUGAAAAACCGCAGACCAAACUUCUAAUUCUCCACCAGGCCGUGUCGGUUAUUUUGAACCUGGAACAGCAAGUGCGAGAGCGCAAUCUGAACCCCAAAGCUGCCUGCUUGAAGCGUCGGGAAGAAGAGAAAGUGUCUGGAGUGGUCGGUGAUCCUCAGAUGGCACUUUCGGCCGGUCAUCCAGGCCUGGGCGAUGGUCAUAACCCCGUUGGACAUAUGUAAAGGUCCGCCACCCCAGGAAGCCUUGUGACUCACCCAUCUUCCUAAAACAGAAAAUCCUGGCCCUUCUCCUGCCGACGCCUGUCCCUGAGAUGGGAGACCCUGGCACUCGCCGUAAGGAGCGAUGUUUUGGUUUUGGUUUUGGUUUUGGUUUUUUUUUAAAGAAAAGGGGGAAAAAGAAAAGAAGGAAAGAAAAUAAACACUUCAUCAAAAAAAAAUUGCCUUAAGUAUAAAGAAUGGAAGAGUCAAUACAUAUCACUCAGUUAAGAAGGGGAGACGCUGUGUUAAACUUGGCUUGUUCACAAACAGCCAGCAGCAAAUUGUGCCUAAGCCUCAUAUUUCUGUUUGCUGGUUUUUUUUUUUUUUAAGGAGAGUAAAAGAACAUUAGUUAUGAGAUUUUUUAUGUAGAAGAAAAUAGCGAUACCUUUGGGAUUUUUUUUUUUAAGCUUCUUUUGCGUAUGUUUUGUAAGCGACAAAUUUUUUUGUAUAAAAAAACAAGUCUUGUGUCCCAUGCUUUUCUGCUGCUGUUUCUAUGGUUAAAUGUUGCCUCUCUACGAUCAACCAGAUUAUUAAAAGUUGUAUUAAAAAGA